GCCGUGCGCGUCCGUCACUUCCGGGUUGCGGCGCGUUCCGCCCGGUCGCAGCCGCCCCUCCGGCCCCGCGCGAAGCCCCGGGACCCUCGGGAAGCCCCUCACCCCCUAUCUGCUCCCCUCGGGGCGGGGCGGGGCCUCCCGGGGCAUGGGGCGAGGCGGCUCCCGCCAUGUGGUACGUCAUGCAGAGCAUCCAGAGCAAAUACUCGCUGUCCGAGCGCCUCAUCCGCACCAUCGCCGCCAUCCGCUCCUUCCCCCGGGACAGCGUGGAGGAUCUCAUCGCCAGGGGCGCGGAUGUGAACUGCAUGCACGGCACCCUGAAACCGCUGCACUGCGCCUGCAUGGUGGCUGAUGCCGACUGCGUUGAGCUCCUGCUGCAGAAGGGAGCAGAGGUCAACGCCCUGGACGGCUACAACCGAACAGCCCUUCACUACGCAGCGGAGAAGGACGAGACCUGUGUGGAAAUCCUCCUGGAAUACGGAGCCAACCCCAACGCGCUGGAUGGCAACAAGGACACCCCGUUGCAUUGGGCCGCCUUCAAGAACAAUGCGGAAUGUGUGCGGUCGCUGCUGGAGAAUGGCGCCUCGGUCAACGCCCGCGACUACAACGAGGACACGCCGUUGAGCUGGGCAGCCAUGAAGGGCAACCUGGAGAGCGUCAGCAUCCUGCUGGACUUCGGAGCGGAGGUGCGGGUGGUGAAUUUGAAAGGGCAAACCCCAAUCUCGCGCUUGGUGGCUUUGUUGGUUCGUGGAUUGGGGACAGAACGGGAAGAUUCCUGCUUCGAACUCCUCCAUCGAGCUAUUGGACAUUUUGAGCUCAGGAAGAAUGGGAGCAUGCCCUGGGAAGUGGCCAGGGAUCAGCAGCUCUGCCAGAAGCUCACCCUGCUCUGCUCGGCGCCUGGAAGCCUGCAGACACUGUCGCGUUACGCUGUGCGGCGUAGUUUGGGUGUGCAGUUCCUGCCGGAGGCAGUGAAGCAGCUGCCAUUGCCCACCUCCCUGAAGGAAUACGUCUUGCUCCUCAGCUAAGCAGAAAACUGGGUGCCAGGGCUUUUCCAGCUCUUCUUUUGGCACCACCUCUUUGCAGGAAUGAGGUUGACCGCUUGGUUUGGACUCACAGGUGCCGGAUUGCCCUUCCCGGUUGCUGUUCUGGUUUGCAUCCCACUCUGCUCUUCCACCUGAGCCGGUGUCAGGCAGUGGGGCUCCUCUGGCAGGCGGCUCCGUGUUGUCCCUCUGCCCACAGCGCCUGCUCUGCCGCUCCUCCCACUCUCCCUUCCCUCGAUUUCAGCCUUGUGAGAUGAACGAUCCCGCUUUAAUGGCAAAUUAUAUCCCAGCUGUUGGAUUAACCGGGUUUUAUUCCCUUUUUAUUUGCUUUGGGGCAUCCCUUGGGGAAAGGCAGGAUUUCUAGGUGUGGGGAGAGCACGAAAACCCUUCUUCUGUGAAGGACUUGAGGCAGGAAAGCAAGAGGACGUGUUGGUCACAGAUUCCUGCAGGCUGAGUUGACUGGAAAGCUGACACCUUUGCCCGGCACAGCCUGCGUGUCGGUGCUGCCAGCAGACGCGGGGCCUCCCUUCUGCAUGCAGAAGCGUAGUUUUCCUUUCUUAUUCAUGAUUUUUAAGAUACAUCAGCGUGGAAGAGCGUGGGAGGACCUAAACUCAUUCCUUCUGCUGGCUAAAAAUCUGGCUGCAAGGCCGGACCCAAAGAGUGGUGGGGAAUGGAAUUCAAUCCAGCUGGAGGCUGAUCCCAAGCGGUGUCCCCAGGGCUCCAGGUUGGAUCCAGUUCUGCUCUGUGUCUUUAUCCAUGAUCUGGAUGAGGGGAUCGAGUGCUCCCUCAGUCACUUUGUGGAUGACUCUAAACUGGGUGGGAGUGCUGAGCUACUGGAGGGCAUGGAGGCUCUGCAGAGGGAUUGGGCCAGGCUGGAUCCGUGGGCUGAGACCAACGGGAUGGGGUUCAACCAGGCUCGGUGCUGAGUCCUGCACUUGGGUGACACCAACCCCAGGCAGCUCCAGGCUUGGGGAAGAGCGGCUGGAAAGCC